GCAUGUACAGCUACCUUUACUACUUACCGACAGAGGGAGCCCUUACCCAUUUGUAAACAUCACCGCCCGCCUGACGCGGAGGCGAGGGUAGUACACGCGCGCAGGAAAAGGCGGCAAAUUAUUCCACUCCUUACUCGCUGACACGCUUAAUUCGGGAUCCGUCGCCCUGCCGUCCAAACAAGGAGUUACGGUAAGGAAAACAAGGCGUUUUAUCGCCAUUUUUGUGGACAUCGAGGCAUAAAUUUGACCAUUGCUGUAUAGUGAGUUCGAGGUUUUUCGACGGCUACACGGUAAACCCGAUGACUGUACCACACACAGUGGAGCAAAUUUCAUGAGUAAAGUACCAGCCGUUUUUGUCGGUUAAGUCUACACACAGGAACUGGUAGAGACUUGGGACAGCGGUAUCACCAAAGCUGACAUCAUGUACGGCUUCGUCAAUCAUGCCUUGGAGCUGCUUGUACUCCGCAAGUUCGGCCAGGAACAGUGGGAGGCGAUUAAAAAAGAGGCGGUGGUUGAGGUUGACGGGCAUUUCCUAACUCGUCUGGUCUACGAUGACAUGAAGACAUAUGAUCUGGUUACAGCUGCUGUUCAUGUCCUUGGCAUCAGUGCCAACGACUUGUUGGAAGCCUUCGGUCGGAUGUUCUUCGAAUUCUGCCAGGAAUCGGGCUACGACACCAUCCUGACGGUCCUGGGCUCCAACACACGUGACUUCCUACAGAACCUGGACGCCCUUCAUGAUCAUCUGGCCUCCAUCUAUCCCGGUAUGAGGGCGCCCUCCUUCCGAUGCAGCCAGAGGGAGAGUGACGGCGCCCUUGUGCUGCACUACUACUCCGAGAGACCUGGAUUGGAGAGGAUCGUAGUGGGCCUAGUCAAGUCUGUAUCUGAGAGUCUCCACAAUGGCGAUGUGGACGUUGAAAUCAUCAAGACUAAGGGAGAUGACUGCGACCACGUCCAGUUUGCUAUCAUUGAGAAGAGUAGGGAGGAGGAUAAGUCUACCGUGCGUCAGGAUUACAACACCAUGGGAGUCUUCUCGGCAGAACCUAAGAUCAGCCCAGCUACCUUCUGUCGCAUCUUUCCCUUCCACAUUAUGUUUGACUCUAACAUGAUCAUCCAUCAGUGUGGCAACUCAGUGGUACGUCUGCUUCCCUGCUUGGCUUCAGACCGCUGUGACAUCACCACUGUCUUCAAUAUGGUACGCCCUCACAUGGACUUCGCCUUCAAGUCUAUUCUGAGUCAUCUGAACACCAUCUUCGUUCUUCAGACCAAACACGGUCUGGAGGGCAUCAGUGAAUCCCUCAAUCAUCACAGACUCAAACUCAAGGGUCAAAUGCUAUACAUCCCGGACUCCAACGAGAUCCUCUUCCUCUGCUCGCCCCACGUGGUCAACUUGGACGAUCUGCGCACACGCGAGUUGUACCUGAGUGACGUGCCCCUUCACGACGCCACGCGAGAUCUCGUCCUGGAGUCCGAGAAGUUCGAGGCGGAAUACAAGCUGACACAGAAGCUGGAGAUUCUGACGGACAAACUCCAGCAGACAUACAGAGAUUUGGAGGUUGAGAAGAGCAAGACAGACAGGUUGCUGUAUUCGGUUCUCCCGCCAACCGUAGCCCAGGAGUUACGUCACUGUCGGCCGGUACCAGCCAAGAAACACGGGUUGGUGACUAUCAUGUUCAGCGGUAUCACUGGCUUCUCUGACUUCUGCCACCGCAAGUCCGGAGACGCCAUGGUGGUUGUCAACCUGCUCAAUGUCAUCUAUACCAAGUUUGACGCCUUGACGGACGUGAAUCCCCAGGUGUACAAGGUGGAGACGGUGGGUGACAAGUACAUGGCUGUGAGUGGUCUCCCCGAGCCAUGUGACACGCACGCAAGUUGCAUAGCGAGCAUGGCUUUGCAGAUUAUGGAACAGUCGGGGGAAAUCACAGUCGAUGGCGAACCGAUCGUGAUAACCAUUGGUAUCCACAGUGGUGAGGUCGUGACCGGUGUGAUUGGUACCCGCAUGCCCCGCUACUGCCUAUUCGGUAACACGGUCAACCUGACAAGUCGGACUGAGACCACUGGCAAGACUGGAUGUAUCAAUGUAUCUGAAUACGCAUACAGGUGUUUGAUGGAGCCCCAGAACCACGACCCCACUUUCCACUUCGAGUUCCGCGGACCAGUGGUCAUGAAGGGCAAGAAGGAACCGAUGCAGUGUUGGUUUCUGACUAGGAAGGUGGGCGAGGAGCAGAGCGAAGCAGAGCAAUAGUCAUCACUCGAUUAAUUUGCUCUUCGAUAUAUUAUAAGCAAUUCGACUUUGAGCACGAUGAAAAGUUCAUUGUUACCCCGACCCAAUCAUUAUGAUCAGCACCUGUUCGACUUCUCAUUAACAAUGAAUGGUACAAUUAGGAGCCUCAAGCAGUGAUGUAUUAUUUUAAACAGCGUUGUCAGGUGGCUAAUGAUGACACUCUGGAAGAAGGUUUAUCACUACUAUUUCCAUCGAUGUAUGGCAACAAGGUUUUUUAAUCAUAGCCAUCGUCACCACAUCGACAAUUAAUGACUUCAAGCAACCUCAUCUGAUCAGUGUUAUCACCAUUAUGACCAUCAUUAUCACCAUAAUCACCACCAUCACCUUAACAAUCAUUACCAUCUCCACCACUAUCCCCUCCAUCUCCAUCAUCAUCCUUAACAUCAUCACCACUAUAAUCCUAUCCAACACCAUAAUCAAGAUCAUCACCGCCAUCACCUUCACAAUAAUCACCAUCGCCACCAUAAUGCCCACUAUUACUUCCAUCAACAACAUCAAUCUUAACAUCAUCACCAUAAAAUAUCAUAACCAGCACCAUAAUCAAGAUAAUCACCGCCAUCACCUUCACAAUAAUCACCAUCACCAUCAUAAUCCCCACUUUAACCUCCAUCACCACCAUCUUCCUUAAAGGGAAGAUACAAGAUUUGCAAACAUCAAAAUACGAAAUGAUCAAAUUAUCACGAAAUAUCUUACUGGA